AGAGGCCUCCAGGUCAGCCUUGGAUUCAGGGGGAUAAAAGGGCUUAAAGGCAAGGUCGACAUCAGUCUUGGCCACCCUUUGCUUACAGACGGCACAAUGACCCUCUCUCUCUUCCUGGGCCUCUUGGUCCUGGUGCACAGUUGCUGGACUGCAUCCCUUCCUGCUCAGGUUUUCCAAGCUUCUCCUCUCCUCCUUUCCCCUGGCUGUAAUGACUCUCAAGUGUUGUCCGUGGCAGGCUUGGCUUUGCAAGGCAUCAAUGAUGACCGCAAAGAAGGCUAUGAGUUCAGUCUCAAUCGAGUGGUUGAUGUCCGUGAACAUCAGGGACGUAGAGGCUCCGUGUACUAUCUCACCUUCGAUGUAUUAGAGACGGGCUGCCAUGUUCUCAGCAGGAAAAACUGGACAGAUUGUGCAGCCAGGGAACUGCAUCAGUCUGUAUAUGGCCAGUGCAAAGCCAUAUUUUACCUUUCCAUGCCAGAAAGAAUUCCCUACCUACCUGCCUAUAAUUGCACUGUUCGUCCAGUUUUUAGAGGGAGCGUUAUUCGUAUGUGCCCUGAUUGCCCUGGGCCCAUCUACACCAAAAUCUCAGAUGCCUCGAUUCUUGAAGCUGUUAGUGAAUGUCUGGAGAAAUACAACAAGGAGGUUGCAGUGGGGAAGAAAUUUUCUCUCUUCCAACUUACCAAAGCUUAUUACCAGUGGAUAUUAGGCCCUUUCUACUUUGUGGAAUACUUAGUUACUGAGACGCCCUGCACCAAAUCACUGCCUGGCUCUGAAAAAUGUUUGCAACCAUCCGCUGACUCCAAGCCUGUAGGACUUUGCAGGGGUUCUCUGAGUGAAAUACAUGAAAAGCACGUCUCUGUGACCUGUGAAUUCUUCCAAACCCAGCCAACAUCAGCCCCAGGGAGCCAUCCCACAGAACAGCAGCCUCCGGAGCAGUCAGCCUCCCCCUCCGCGGCUGCGCCCCUGCAAGAGGGACCUAAAGGGUCUGUCCAGCUUUUGCCUGAUUUCGUUGAUGACAUCAAUGAAGGGGACCAGGAGAGGAAACCCCUUGUGACCUUCCCUGUGCACAUCGAGUUGACCACAGAGCCCCUGGGAGAAGUCCUACGCCUCCCAUCCUACUUCAAGUUGGAGAAAGAGGACAUGCCAGUUGUGCUUCCUUUCCCGGGAGGGUCAAGAUCAAAUGGAUGUCCAGGAGUUGCUGCAAACUCUAAUCCUCUGAUUCUCCCACCAUGAAAGACACACACACACACACACACACACACACACACACACACACACACACUCACACACACACACACACACACCACUUGGUGGACAUCUGUUGCCAUGGAUUGAGAUGGAGGAGAAAAAGAGAGUAUCCAGCAUUCCACAAUUCCAUCUUUGUCCUUUUCUUUUUGCCUUUCCUUAAUUUAAAAUUAUUUUGGUAAAAUUUCUGGUCAUGAUGAAUUAACAUUAAAAAUACUUACUGAGUGUUUCCUCUAA